AUGUCGAAACACGCUACACUGAUAAAGCCUCCCAAGGCCCUCCCUCACCACUCGCCGAUCGAAAACGUCCUGUCUCUGCUGCCUCUCAGCGACAUCGGCCCCGACAUCUAUACCAACGCUCGCCCGCUAUGGCAUCCUCCCGGCGCCCGCGGCAUCUUCGGCGGCGCCGCGAUCGCGCAAUGCCUGUCCGCCGCCCAAGCCACGAUCCCUCCCGACUUCACCGUGCACAGCAUGCACUGCUACUUCGUCCUGGCAGGAAAUAGCGAGAUCCCGAUCCUCUACCACGUCGAGAGAGUCCGUGACGGCAAAAGCUUCAUCACAAGAACAGUGCAAGCUCGCCAGCGCGGGGCCUGCAUCUUCACCACCACGCUCUCCUUUAUGAAAAAGGACUCCGGCGGUGUUUUGCGAGUCGAGCACGCCGUCCCGAUGCCCCAGGACGUGAUCCCCCCACCGGACUUGGACUCCGCCCGCCACCAAAUCUCCGGCGACGAGCGGCCGUUCGAAUCCGUGCGCUCGCCCGCCCUCCACAAGGGCGAACCGUCCAGCCGGAAACUGCGGCAGUGGAUCCGCGCCCGCGGCCGCAUAAGCGACUGUCCGCCCAACGUGCGCGAGGGGGAAUUGCAAAGCGGCCAACGCGCAAAUCAACCGGGGGAUAACCACCAAGCGCACCUCUCCGCGCUGGCAUACAUGUCCGACUCGUACUUUAUCGGCACCAUCUCGCGGGUCCACGGUCUGCAGCGAUUCGCGAACAAGGGGAACAUCGAGCGCCUGCUCAAACGGUUUCCCGGCAGCGACGCGGAGCGCAAACAGAUGGAGGAAUAUCUCCUGCAGAUCGGGCGCGAGGAGGAAGAGGAAGACGCGGAGCUCGAUUCCUCGCGCACGCCGGCCCAGCGGCUGGAGCACCAGCAGGAUAAUCGGCGGGUCGGCAUGAUGGUGUCGCUCGAUCAUACCAUCUUCUUCCACAAUCCGCGGUCGUUCCGCGCGGACGAGUGGAUGUUGACGGAGAUGGAGAGUCCCUGGGCUGGGGAUGGGAGGGGUCUAGUCGUGCAGAGGAUCUGGAGCAAGGAGGGGGUGUUGAUCGCUACGUGCACGCAGGAGGGCGUCGUGCGGUUGCAGCAGAAGGAGAGUAAGCUGUAG